CUUUCUUUGUAAUUUUAAAAAACAUGAAAUAAAUAAAAUACGGUUAAAAUAGUGUAAACAAGAUGACGAGAAAAACAGGGUUUAUUCCGGGAAAGACGGAGAAAGCUUGAAGUGCCUAGCGCUUGCCUAUGGCUUUACUGUUGAUACACAAGAGAUACCCAGCUUCUGACUUGUUAUAAGGAGCUCUCAAGAGCCAGGUACAAGAUCCAAAAGCUACUUAUAUGAUUCUCCCUAAGAAGAGUAGAGAAAAGAGGUAUGUAACAUAUGUACCGGCAAGUUGCAUAGAAGAAAACAAUGUCCAUGCUCUGUCUUUUGGAACAGUGGAAGAAUGCCAGAUGAUACCAACAACUGGAAUCUAACCAUCUUACAAGAAUGACAUCUCCACAGGAGGAAAUAACUUGGCAUCUGAGAAAGAGUUUAGGAAGGAUCUGUAUCCAUUUAUAGAGCCAUAUAGUACUGGAAUGUUGAAGGUCUCGGAUCUUCAUUCUUUAUACUGGGAGCAGUGUGGAAAUCCAAAAGGGCAUCCAGUUUUAGUUCUGCAUGGAGGACCAGGAGCCGGAAGUCAGCCAGUUUAUAGGAGAUUCUUUGACCCUGAAUUUUACCGAAUCAUUCAAUUUGAUCAGAGAGGUUCUGGGAAGAGUACACCACAUGCCAGUUUGGUGGAGAAUACAACCUGGGACCUCAUUCAAGACAUUGAAAAACUAAGGGAGCUUUUGAAAAUUCCUGAGUGGCAGGUUUUUGGUGGGUCAUGGGGAAGUACGCUUUCUCUUGCAUAUAGCAUAUCACACCCUGACAAGGUCAAUGGACUUGUUCUUCGAGGAAUAUUUUUAGUACGUAAAAAAGAGCUUGAUUGGUUUUUUGAGGGUGGUGCCGCUGCUAUUUACCCUGAUGCUUGGGAACCAUUUAGAGAUUUUAUUCCAGAGAAUGAAAGGGAAUGUUUCAUCACUGCUUACCAAAAGAGAUUGGAGUCUGAUAAUCUUGAAACACAAUAUGCAGCUGCUCGAACAUGGACCACUUGGGAAAUGUCAACUGCUCAUCUUGUUCCCAAUGAAGAGACCAUAAAGAACGGUGAAGAUGAUGUUUUCUCGUUGGCAUUUGCUAGAAUUGAGAACCACUAUUUUGUGAACAAGGGAUUCUUUCCGUCAGAUUCAUACUUGUUGGAGAACAUUGAGAAGAUAAGGCAUAUUAAUGCUAUAAUCGUACAGGGAAGAUAUGAUUGUUGCGCUCCCAUGAUGUCAGCAUGGGAUCUGCAUAAAGUUUGGCCAGAGGCUGAGCUGAAGAUUGUUGCAGAUGCUGGACACAAUUGCUUCGAACCUGGUAUUGCUGCUGAACUUGUUGCUGCGAAUGAGAAGCUGAAGAGUGUUAGCAAAAGCAUAUAGCUUACCAUAUGCUUAGAAGUCAUGCAAUGCUAUACUGCAAACUUGGACAAUAUUUUCAAUAAACAACCAGCUAUUUCGAUGAUUUAGCUUAUAUUAUUAUGUGGUUGUAUGAAUAAUACUUGUUUAGAGGACAUUUGUCUCUCAACUGUUACUAUGUUUAAUUCAUUAGAAUUAUGAUAAAGUUUGCAACUUGUUUGCCCUUCCAGAGAAUAGACAAAAUUUCCUUUCUGGUAGUGGAACUUUUAUAUAUUGUCGAAGGGGAGUUUUUCUGAAUUA